AUGGAAGAAGAGCAACCACUCAUAGCCGGAAUAACGAUUCUGAAGGAAAGCUGUGCCAAUGCUCGCCAAGUGUUUCGUAUUGCACAGAAUUUGAAGCUUUUGAUUGAUAAAAUCAUUCCUACAGUGUUUGAAGAGAAGGAUAUUACCUCAUCACACUCCCCCAUCUUAAACUCCAAAGUUAUCGAGUUAGCUUAUGCUGCAGCUGGUGGUAAAGGUGAUGGUAAGGAAGGUACAUCGUCUUACAAGUAUAGGGCGGCAUUGAUCUUUGCACUCUUAAAAGUUACAGACUGGUACUGGCAACAGGCUGAUUACGAGCUCUAUGACAAUGAGCUUUACUCUUUAAGGGCUGUCGCAGCUCAAGCGUUGGCUGCAGCGAUCAUUGAAAGGACUCUUGAUGACGAAUACUUAUUUUUGGGAAUGCUAUGCCACAGGUACACGAUUAGUCUUGAUGGUGUUGAAAGUGAGCCUGUGAGUGCAUUGGAGUUGGCAGUUGAUAUGCACUCUACUACAAUCAUCGGAUCGUCUGGCUACCAAAGAUGUAUUAAAUGGAUCUGGCGAGGUUGGAUAGUUCAAUCUUCUACUGACCCGCAUUCAUAUGUUCUUUACAAAGGUGUUUCGUCCUCGAAGAUCAGAACCCAUUUUGAUCCAGAAAGAAUCAAAACACCAGCGUAUCAAAAUAUCUUGGAGAUUUUUUUCAGUUUCAUAUACUUGGCGUUGUUCACUAUCAUUUUGAACACGCAUCAAGUGACGACAACACCAAUAGAUUUUUUUGAGUUUUGUUUCUACGUGUUUACUUUGGGUUCUAUCAUUGAUGAGGUCGUGAAACUUUACCAUGUUGGCUGGAAUUACGUUGGGUUUUGGAAUGUGUUCAAUGAUACUAUGUACGGUAUUAUCGUUGUUGCUAUCACUUUCCGUUUCGUGUCUUUGAACCACCACGGCCCACUACGCGAUCUGUACGAUGAAAUGAGCUUCAGAAUCUUGUCUUGCGCUUCCCCUUUGAUGUGGUCCAGACUCUUAUUGUACUUGGAUGCUCAACAAUUCGUUGGCGCGAUGAUUGUGGUCAUUAAGACGAUGAUGAAAGAAUCGCUUUUGUUUUUUGUUCUUUUGGGCGUGAUCAUUCUUGGUUUCUUACAAGGAUUUUUGGGUUUAGAUGCGUCCGAUGGAAAGAGUGAGGCGACAAAGCAUAUUUUCAUUUCUUUACUCAAGGCUGUUGUUGGAGCAUCUGGUUUUGAGGAUGUUGAGGAUUUGGUGCCACCGUAUGCGUCCAUCUUAUACUACAUCUACUCGUUUGCGCUUACUGUCAUUUUGAUGAACAUUCUUAUUGCCUUGUACUCAACUGCGUACGCUGCAAUUGUUGAGAAUGCUACUGACGAGUAUUUUGCUCUCGUCGCUCAAAAAACUUUGAGAUAUGUGCGUGCUCCAGAUACGGAUCUAUACGUUCCACCUUUUAACCUCAUUGAGAUUCUCUUCCUGCCCUUAUGCUUUGUUUUGUCUAAAGAGAACUAUAGAAUUUUCAACCACUAUGUGAUGUUAGUCAUUUACGCUCCAAUGUUAGCGUAUAUCACUAUGGAUGAAUUGAGAAAUGCCAAAAGAAUUCAAUACAAUCGAUUCAAGGGUCUACCAGAUGAUGCAAACGAGAUGAAUACCGAGUGGGAUAUGACGGAUGGGUAUGACGCUGACCAGGCAGAUUCCUCAUGGGAAGGAAUCCGCUCGAGAAACAGUGAGAUUACAGAAGCCAUCAGGGUUCAAAGACUCGCAGAAGCAGAGGACCCUGAGUUUUCCAUCAAUUUGAACCAAUUCAAGACCGACAUAGCCAAAGUAGCACAACCUGUGGCUAGGGCUAAUGCACUUGGUCUUAAAUGGGAGUUUUACGAAGUGUACCAAAAACUCGAGGAAUUGACAGGUUUGGUUGAGACUGUUUUGAACGAAAACAAAAAGCUUAAGAAGGAGCUUUCAGAAACUUCUAAAGGACUGAAGGCUUAA